AUGUCAUUGUCAGGAAGAUUCUGAAGUCACCAUUUUGAUUUUGGCCUCUUCCUCUAUAUUACGCCAAUAGAGCCUAAGAAAAGAGUCAUCCAUGAGAGGAGGGGAAAAAAAAUGGCAUUCACACAGACAUGGGCUCCACAGGUAGCGACUAUAGGGGAAGGCCCAGCAAAGAGAGCUCUACUUGUUAAAGCAACUGAACAAUUUUCAAAGGAACCUGAGUCUUUCCAGGUUGCCUCCUUGACAGAAGGUCCUGCAAAAAAGGCACUGCUUAUCAAUAAGAAGAAGAAACCUGAAGAAAAUGCCCUUUCUACAUUAGUUAAGGAGAAACCAAAGAGAGUGAAGAAAACUAGAGCAGUGGUUGUUGACAUCGGCACGGGCUACUGUAAAUGUGGCUAUGCUGGAGAGCCAAGGCCGAGCCAUAUGAUUUCAUCUAUGGUAGGGAAACCUUAUAUGGAGACCGCUAAAACUGGAGACAACCGAAAAGAAACCUUUAUUGGACGUGAGCUCCUGUGCCCUGAUAUCCGCCUUAAAUUAGUCAAUCCCCUGAGACACGGUAUCAUCGUGGAUUGGGACGCAGUGCAGGAUAUCUGGGAAUAUCUUUUUCUGCACGAGAUGAGGAUCCCUACAGAGGAACAUGCUGUUUUAGUGUCAGACCCUCCCCUGGGUCCCUAUACCAACAGGGAGAAGUAUGCAGAGAUGCUCUUUGAAACCUUCAACACUCCAGCAAUGCACAUAGCCUAUCAAUCUCGACUGUCCAUGUACUCUUACGGAAAGACGUCAGGUCUGGUAGUAGAAGUUGGCCAUGGUGUUUCCUAUGUGGUCCCAAUCUUUGAGGGAUAUCCUUUGCCAAGCAUCACAGGUAGGCUAGACUACGCUGGCUCUGACCUUACUGCCUAUCUAAUGACACUAAUGAAUCAAUCUGGGAAGCACUUUACAGAAGACCAAACAGACAUUGUAGAAGACAUCAAGAAGAAAUGCUGCUUUAUGGCUCCCGAUCCCAUCCAAGGGAGUUCCCACAUCAAAGAUGACAUGAUUAAAUACCGGCUUCCAGAUGGAGAACAGAUUACUAUUGGCCAAGAACGUUUCCUGUGUUCUGAGAUGUUCUUCAAGCCUUCCCUUAUCAAAUCCAUGCAACUGGGCCUUCAUACCCAGACUAUGACCUGCCUCAACAAGUGUGACAUUGCCCUCAAAAGGGACCUCAUGAACACCAUUUUGUUGUGUGGGGGCAGCACCAUGUUGAACGGCUUUCCUGUCCGUUUGCAGAAGGAGCUGUCUAAGAUAUGCCCAAAUGACACACCUACUGUGAAUGUGUUACCUGAAAGGGAUUCUUCAGUGUGGACUGGAGGGUCAAUCUUGGCCUCACUCCAAGGAUUUCAGUCACUCUGGGUCCAGCGGUCAGAAUACCAGGAACAUGGGCCUUUCUUCUUAUACAGGAGAUGUUUCUGA